AUGGGUGGAAAGAUCGGAAGAAGCAGAGAAAGGGAUAGGCGGGAGAAUGGAUUUCCGGGGCGGGUCAUGGAAAGGCUGGCUGGCGGCCGAAGUGUCGUUGGUUAUGCGGUGGCCCAGGCCGGCCGUGUGCUGAAGCGUACCGCAGAGGCUCUCGAAGCCGCCCACCCCAAUGAUGCACCUCUUUUGGUCUUCACCAUCUCGAAGCUGACAAUGGCCAUGAUGACUUUCCAGGGAGGGGGAAGGGGCACCAACGCUAUGAACCUCCCGCGUCCCGACCAGAGGCGACCUGAAGCCCGGAACAACGUUGGUGCGGUCUUCCAAUCUCAUGCGGCGGCAACACGUGGGCAAAUCGGAGCCUCUGGAAAGCAUCCGACUUGA